AUGACGGAGCUGGAGGGGGACGAGCCACUGGUCACCUGCUGUCGCUGUGAAGAUGGAGAUGGCUUAAGGGUCACCAAACUGCCGGAGUGGAAUCAGGUGGAGGAUGAUGACGAAGAGGAGAUCAACUUUGGGUCUUUGACGAGUUGCUCAGAUCGACCCAGAAGACCUGCAGUUGAAUCCUGGUCCAGUUUAGGCCGACUGAGACCCGAGGACCUGGAUUUCUCCGAACUCACCCCGGAGGCUGGAGCCUUGCGGAUUUCCAAUGUGGAUCGAAGGGGAAUCAAUUUUGACCAGUUGAAGAAACUCCUGGUCUAUGUCAAGAAACGUUGUGACUCUGAGGAUGCAGUGAGAGGUUGGUAUGAUCAUCGGAGCGGUGAGCAGCUCUUCUACAAGAAGAUGACUCUGUCUCAGGUGCACCAUUGGUUAAUCCAUCCCUUGAGCCUGAGACACCAGUGUAGCUAUGUUGAGGCCGUUGCCAAGAAAGAACAUGCACAGCUUCCAGCCUGGUUUGUUGGACACUCGUGGGAUGAGCCCAUGGUGAACUUUGUGCGCCGGGUCAUGAAGCACGGCACCCUGGGGGCCGGUGAUGGCUUUUGGUGUCACCCCUUCGCAUCACGGCCUAACCCAGGAGGAUGGUAUUGCCACGAAAUGAGUGGCAGCCAGGAUUUGAGUGUGGAACCUUUUGGAGAGCUCUCACAUUUGAGGGCCAAUCUCAAGAACUGCAGAAGCAAUAGCAUUGAUGAAUGGCUAUCCUUUGGAGUGCCUGCGUUGGCGGAGCUGAAAUCCUUGGAUCUCACUGUGUCAGACAGCCCAAAGCUGAUGACUGCAGGACAUUUUUCGAAGAAAUCUGCGUUGCUACAAGAUCUCCACAUGACCUUCCGCUGUCCCUUGCGAUCAGCAGACGCUUUCUGCAGGAGCCUGCAGCAUUUGAGUCUCUUGCAGGUCUUGCAUAUCGAUAUGUCGGGAUGUGCUGAGCUGCAGCACUUGGGAGGCUCCGCCUCAAAUGGUAGCUGCUUCCCAAACAUGGUUUCCCUACACACCUUGCAGCUGGAUUUAACCAACUGCCGAAGUUUGUCUUCACUCCACGUCUUGUCAGAUGAUAUGCAAGCGAUGAGAAUCUUUCAUUUACGCUUAUCCCAGUGUACUUCGCUCGCUUCUUUGGAAGAUCUGGUGAGGCCGUUGGAACAUCUCACCCUCACUGACUUUGAGCUGAACAUGUCAGGAUGCAGGUCCCUGCAGACUUUGGGGGAACUCAGCACCCAACUACGGUCGCACCUGAGUCUGGAACGCUUGCGUUUGAACUUCUGUGACUGUGAUUCGAUACCCAAAGAGGUGGAGAUGGACUUGGCGACCUGCUUGAAAGAGAUCAGUCAUGGAAGAGAUGUUUGCGCAGUGCCCUUUCAGACUGAGGAGGGCAAGAUUUCUUUGUGA